AUGGCAAAAAGAGGUGCAUCCGACUUGCCAGACGGCAAGAAGAAGUCGGAAAAGGGGAAGAAGGAAAAGAAGGAACAUAAGAAGAAAAAGAAGCAGAACUUGAAGAAAGGUGACAAGACGAGCAAAGUUAAUGGAGGGGACAUGCCUAAUGGGGACAUACCUAAUGGAGUAAAUAAUCAUGAGGAGGACUCAAACAAGAGGAAAUCACCAUGGGAUGAGUGCAAGCGUUAUCCAGUUGAUAUCAAUUCACUGAACCUCAAUGAUACGUUAAUGCACGAUGAUGAUGAGGAGGUGGUUGAGGAAGUUCCUCCCCACAAAAAGGCGAAGAAAAAUCCCAAGUGGGAGCAUAAAGGUCCGCAGCCUCUCAUCGAUCCUGAACAGCUUCCAGAAGGAUGGACGGCGGAUGAACCUGACCUGGAUACUAUGGAUAUUGAUGGGCAGAUUGCUCGAUGCCAUGAGAGACUGCAAGCAAAUAUCAUGCCCAUGGUAUUUGAGCAACGACUCAAAGAAUACCAGUCCGUAAAGGACAUGCAAGUAUACAACCAGAACUUAUAUCCUGAUCUCACACCCGCGGUUAUCGAACGAAUUCUAAGUCUCAGAACAAUCUAUAACGAGCUUAACGAGAUUCCGAGUCAUAAUGGAGUUCAGGUCAAUGGAUCUUCCAAUAUGCUGGAAUCGACGGACUCGAUUGCUGCAAGAGAACGUAAAGCAAGACAGCAGGAAAAUAUCAAAGCUGUUUUGCAAGCUUAUCUCUCAGGUCAAUUGCAAUGGAUGGAAGGAUAUGUAACAUAUUGGUCGAAAGGAAAGCAGCUUUGUCAACCUAGACUGUUUGACUGGGAUGAAUUUGAAGCAGUCUAUGAUAAAUUUGAUGGGAACAAUAGCUUCUGGACUGAAGGGAACGAGUUGAACUAA